UAGGCAGGACCUUGUGCGUGGAGACAAGCGUGGCCAAAGUCACCCUCAUGAGGAGCUCCGAGUAACGCGAUGCGAUGCAGUUUCUGGGUCCGGCGCCGAAGGGGUGGCCUGCUCCAGCUAGCCAUCACCGUCGGCAUCCUCUACUCUUACACGCUGGGGCGCUUUUUGGAGUGGCAGCUGCUCGCAGUAGCCUGCUUGGCAGGCGCCGUCCUACUGGCUGCUCUAAACCAGUAUUCGGUCGAGUCUCCGCGCUGGCUAAUGCUCAGCGGCCGUAGGCUGGACGCCCUGGAGAUGCUGUGGAAGUUGCGCGGUCCCAGCGGGAAGGGUGGCAUCCUGCAGGUGUGCCUCACUCUGGGCAUCCUGUACGCGAACAUCAUGGGCCGCUUCCUGAACUGGGACGGGCUCGCGUUCCUGACCAUGGCCGCGAGCAUCCCUCUGGUCGCCACCUGCCAGUUUGCGGUGGAGUCGCCCCGGUGGCUCCUGCUGCAAGGCCGCAAGGCCGAAGCCGUCGAAGUGCUCGGCAAGCUGCGCGGACCAUCGGCCAAGCUCGACCGUGAAUGGACCGACAUGGAGACCGUGUACGCGAAGGUGCCCACGCCUACCACGCACAUCCUGGCGGCCAUGCAGGUGCACUUCAUCCAACAGUUCUCGGGCAUCAACCCCGUUCUCUUCUUUUCGCACUCCAUCUUCGACCAAGCCGGCCUCACCGUGCACGUCCAGGACACCAGCAUCAUCCUCUCCGGAUUUCUGGUCGCUUCCACGGCCGCCGGCGUGAAGCUGAUGAGCGUGUUCAGCCGGAAGCGCCUGCUCACCGUGUCCGCCUACACGUGCGCCUUCUCCAUGAUGAUCCUGGCCACGCUGUACCAAGUGGGCGUCGAGGUGGACGAGGCCGACCCGAACGCCCCGAUCGGCGUCGCGCGGCGGCUUCCAAUCGUGUUCAUCGCGCUCUACAUAAUCGGCUUUUCGGUCGGCCUCGGCCCGAUCACGUGGCUGUUGGCCGCCGAACUGGUGCCCAUGCGAAACAACGGCGUCUUCUCUGCCCUGGUGGCCGCCUUCAGUUGGAUCUGCGCCUUCCUCGUCACCUGGUUCUUCGAGAGGAUCAACGAGACGCUGCAGCUGUCCGGCGUCGGUCUCCUCUUCAGCGCGCUCACGUUCAUGGGCGGCCUCAUGGUGUCGUUCUUCAUGCCCGAGACGCAGAACAAGACGCUUGAGGAACUCCUCCUGGAACCGCACAGGAAGGCGCGCGAUGACGCGGCCUCGGUAUCCUCCAAGGGCUCGGGGGGAUCGCGAAGGUCGAAGCGCUGAUGCGAUUUCUCCUUGAAUAUUCUAUUGGCGCCGCUCGGUCUACCUUCUUGACGCUGUUUUAUUUCAUCUUGCUUUCUGUAGUAGAUUUAUAAUGUUUGAUUCUUUU